AUAAUCCUCGACUUUACAGACAAGAACACCCUAGGCUUAGAGAGGUUGCUUUCUUUGUCUGGGGCUGCAGUAUGACACGGUGGAGCUGCAGUGCACACUUGUGCUUUUAAUCACUCACCUGUGCACAUAUGACAAUAAGUGAUGCAAAUGAAUGCACGUUGCACACUCUGCCUGACUCAGAACAGGUGAGAACGCAGAUAAGCCUAAGCAGAGAGGAAGAACUCUCAGAAAAACAUUCCCAGCGUCAGAGGCCGUGGUUCGCCAAAGUGAUGGGCAAAACUCAAUCCAACAGAGGCGGGGUGCAACCCUCGAAGCGCAAGCCGCUGCCUCCCCUCCCGCAGGAGCUUCCAGAAGAGAGAAUCCAGGUCAAGGCUCUUUAUGACUUCCUGCCUCGGGAGCCCGGUAAUUUGGCACUGAAGAGAGCAGAGGAAUAUCUGAUAUUGGAGAGGUGUGAUCCUCACUGGUGGAUGGCCAGAGACCGCUUCGGGAAUGAAGGCUUAAUCCCAAGCAACUAUGUGACAGAAAACAGACUCACCAAUUUAGAAAUAUAUGAAUGGUACCAUAAGAACAUUACGAGAAACCAGACCGAACGCCUACUGAGGCAAGAGGCUAAAGAAGGUGCCUUUAUCGUGAGAGAUUCGAGACAUUUGGGGUCUUACACAAUCUCUGUGUUUACAAGAGCCAGAAGGCAUACGCAGUCGUCAAUAAAACAUUAUCAGAUUAAAAAGAAUGACUCAGGACAGUGGUACCUCACCGAAAGACACUUCUUCCCCUCAGUCCCCGAGCUGAUCCAGUAUCACCAGUACAAUGCAGCUGGUCUCAUAUCUCGUCUCCGCUAUCCCGUUGGGCUCCUGGGCAGUUGCUUACCAGCCACAUCUGGUUUUAGCUAUGAAAAGUGGGAGAUAGAUUCGUCAGAAUUGGCUUUUGUCAAGGAGAUCGGAAGCGGUCAGUUUGGGGUAGUCCACUUAGGAGAAUGGAGAGCACAUAUCCCGGUCGCCAUCAAGGCCAUCAACGAAGGUUCCAUGUCUGAAGAAGAUUUCAUUGAGGAAGCCAAGGUGAUGAUGAAACUGUCACAUUCGAGGUUAGUUCAACUUUACGGCGUGUGUAUACAGCAGAAGCCCCUGUACAUAGUGACGGAGUUCAUGGAGAACGGCUGCCUGCUCGACUAUCUCAGGGAUAGGAAAGGCCGGCUUCAGAAGGCGUUGCUCUUGAGCAUGUGCCAAGACAUAUGUGAAGGGAUGGCGUACCUGGAGAGGAGCUGCUACAUUCACAGGGAUCUGGCUGCCAGGAACUGUUUGGUCAGUUCUGCCUGUGUAGUAAAGAUCUCAGACUUCGGGAUGGCGAGGUACGUUUUGGACGAUGAAUACAUCAGUUCUUCUGGAGCUAAGUUCCCAGUCAAGUGGUGCCCGCCUGAAGUCUUUCAUUUCAACAAGUACAGUAGCAAGUCUGACGUCUGGUCUUUUGGAGUUUUAAUGUGGGAAGUUUUUACAGAAGGAAAAAUGCCUUUUGAAAAUAAGUCAAAUUUGCAAGUGGUGGAAGCCAUUUCUCAAGGCUUCCGGCUGUACCGUCCUCACCUGGCCCCCAUGUCCAUAUACAGAGUGAUGUACAGUUGCUGGCAUGAGAGCCCUAAAGGCCGUCCGACAUUUGCUGAGCUGCUUCAGGUUCUCUCGGAGAUCGCAGAAAUGUGGUGACCUUAAAUGCAAUGCCAGCUCGCAGGUGACCUUAAAUGGAAUGCCAGCCCACAGGGUCAACUUACAAAACAGUCACAAGGUGAAAUCACGGGGCAUCGCACGGAUGGGGAGUAUCUCCACUAGGGUUGUUGACUCUUGGCAAUGAAGCAAAGGUCACAGGCUUGUCACACUGAUUUCAUUGCAAAAUAGUCUGAUAGUCUUUGUACAGGUGUGAGAGGGACUUCUGAACUACACUUAUGAGUACACUCCACACCAGCCUUCCAAAUGGCUUCUUUAUGAUAGGCACCUUCAGGUCCCUUAAGUAUAUAGAGACCCCUGAUUCUUCAUAAGGCCGAGGCAACUUCAUUCUUGAGCACUGACAUUUGUCUCUGGAGUGGUCCAUGCAGAGAGGGGAAAAAAAAAAUUAAAUUCUGCCAACUCAUGAAAUGAAGAAACCUUCCCAACAGUUUAAUGUUGGGGCUGUAUAAAUGUUUAUAGAAAACAUAGCUUUGGAAACCUAUGUGAACAUUCUGGAAAUGUCUUUUAUAAUCGUGCCAUGUGUUAUUUAAUAAACUCUCCUGAUUAUUGUGGG